AUGGCUCUUUAUGAAUUUUCUGAUGGAAUUCUCAAAACUCAUGUGACUCGUGAAAAUGUUGAGGAAACGUUACAGAAGACGUUCAAUACAGAAGCUAAAUUUGGAGAUAACAAAAAUGCAAUAAAUAUCAGUAAUAUGAAGGGGUAUAUGCCAAUAAAUGCUUUGAUUGAAGUUGAUUGGGUAAACAAAGAAGAAGACAGACAGCUUCCAAGCAGAUUUGCUGUAAAAAUUUCAACUCAAGUACCUCUUUUGGAACUGUCAAAAAUUAUCAAGUUUUCUGGUGAAAAUGGAUUUGGAGAGGAUAAACUGAAGAGACUUGGGAAGACAACAAGGGAGUUCCAUAAUCGAGAAGUUGACUCUUAUAAACUUCUGAUGAGAUAUAAUCAUCCGAAUAUUCCAUACACAAAAGUAUACGGUUUUAAAAAGUUUGAUGACGAUAACGACUUGAAAGGAUUUUUGAUUGUCGAUUAUGUGGAAAAUGGACAUGUGAUUUGUACUAGUGCAGCCGAGGAGAAACUACACUUCAAGGGAGAAACUACACUUCGAUGGCAAGUAUAA